AUUAUCCCGGAUCCUUAGAUAUACUGAGACAACGGAAUAGAGGGGUUAAACGUGGAGUUGAGGACUUUAGCAAUUGGGGGAAAACAAAUAAAAGCUCAAAGAUUUAACCCUUAGAUUCUUUGAUUUCUUUGCAAUGUAAGCUGGGUUAGUGUUGUCUUAUUAGCACUGUAGACAUCGAUUUAACCCGUCAUCAAUAUUUGUUCCGAUUCUUCUUAGGAUUUAGUUAUUCGAUCCUUCGGAUAUAAGCCACCUGCAUACCUACAAUAUGCCCUCGCAAAAAAGCGUCAAGGCGGCUCUGUCGCUAAUCGAAAAUGACAAGUCUAAGGUCCUGGGCGUAAGCGUUGGCAAGGUCGCCAAUAUCCAACCCGGGCAGUACAUCCCGAAAGCCGACGCACAAGCCGUUCCAGAGCUGAGCUUUUCGGACCUGUCGCCCGAGAAAACUUACCUGGUAGUGGGCCUAGACCUCGACGCUCCGUUCCCGUCCUUCGGCGUGCUCGGCCCGAUCCUGCACUGGAUCCAGCCCGGCUUCAAGGCGGAACCCAAGGAGGGCGGCGGAUUCAGUCUCAAAUCUACGGAGCCGUUCAUAUCUAACUGGAUCGGGCCCGCCCCGCCCCCGAUCAGCGCGCCGCAUCGGUAUACCUUCUUCCUGUACGAGCAGCCCGAGGGUCUGGAUGCGAAGAAGUAUGCGCCGCCCGGAGGCAAGGAGAUGGGCAACGGAGGACGUAUGCGAUACGACUUGGACGCGUGGGCGAAGGAGAUCAAGUUAGGUCCGGUAUUGGCUUUCAAUUACUUCAAUAGUAAUUAAGUUUUUGCGAGUCUGUGAUGGUUAAGAGUUAGAGAAUGGGUGCUGAGCUUCUAUGUGGGUUUGCUUGCCUGGGUACCUAAUUAAUUGGGGUAUUCGAAGAUAUCAUCAUGUUAUUAAGUUAGGAUAAUGCUUUUUUCCCUCUAUACCCAUAUGUUGUCUACGACAUUAGAUUGCCGAAGAUCAAAUCGGCAUUAGCAGUUUGGAUUCGGGUCUAGGACUGGUCUUAGU